GUAGAACGCUGCGAUCAGCAGGGCGGGGAAGAUGAUCGUGGCGAAGUACAGGAACACAAGAUAGUUGUAAUCCAUCACCUGCGUGAAGAGGCAUCUGUGAUCGCUCGGCUCGCCGGCAUUCCAUCCGAACAGCGGUGCACUUCUCUGGGCCACUUCUGCGCGAGAAAUCGCAGUCGCGGUGGCUCGUGCGAUGCGUUACGGACGAAAGCGAUGUCGUUACCGGCACGUGGCAUCCGAGAAAGCAGCGGAAAGCCGCACGGACUUGCACUUGUUCCCGCCGAUGGCUUUAACGAACAGUGAACGAGUCCAUUCGUGCAUUAUUUAACCAUGAUUGGCGCCAUCAUUUCUAUCCCUUUCAUCCUAACACCAGCCCUCUGCAUGGCCGAGGAUGAUCCCGCGAGAAGCUACAUUAUUUCCACAAUGAUCUUUGUUACCGGUUUAGUGACCUUUUUUCAAACUACAAUAGGAUGCAGACUGCUGCUGGUACAGGGAGGCACUAUAUCUUUCUUGGUGCCGACGUUGGCGAUAUUAAAUCUGCCACAAUGGCAGUGCCCCGCAUCGGAGAUUAUGAAUGAGAUGUCCCACGAAGAGCGGACUGAGCUGUGGCAAAUCCGAAUGAGAGAAUUGUCGGGUGCCAUUGCUGUUUCCGCCUUAUUUCAAGUGAUUGUCGGAUUUGGAGGCAUCAUUGGGUAUUUGUUGAAAUAUAUUACCCCAUCGACGAUUGUGCCGACGGUGUCCCUGGUCGGACUCUCCCUGUUUGAAAACGCAGCAACCGCCGCGUCUCAGCAUUGGGGUAUUGCGGCUGGAACGAUGAUACUGCUGACGAUGUGUUCCCAAGUAAUGAUCAAUAUACCGAUUCCACUUGUAGUCUAUCGUAAAGGCCAAGGGCUUCACGUUAUUCGGUUUGAACUAUUCAAGCUCUUCCCGGUUUUAUUGACCAUAAUUAUCAUGUGGAUAAUCUGCACUAUAUUAACGGUAACUGAUGCGCUACCGUACGGACAUCCUGCCAGAUCCGACAGUAAAUUGAAGAUCAUAAAUGACUCACCCUGGUUCCGAGUGCCGUAUCCUGGACAAUGGGGCGUACCCACUGUAACAUUGGCGAGCGUAAUCGGUAUGCUAGCCGGAGUACUGACGUGUACGGUUGAAUCCAUCAGUUAUUUUCCGACUACCGCGAAAAUGUGUGGUGCACCGCCGCCGCCGAUUCAUGCGAUCGAUCGAGGGAUUGGCGUGGAAGGUCUGGGUACAAUGUUGGCCGGCCUCUGGGGUAGCGGCAAUGGCACGAACACUUUCGGUGAGAACGUCGGCACAAUAGGAGUCACCAAAGUCGGUAGUCGCAGAGUCAUACAGUGGGCUUGUUUCCUAAUGAUCCUGCAAGGCGUGAUCAGCAAGUUCGGCGCGGUAUUCUUUAUGUAUAUCACAUUAUAUAAUAGAGAUAACGUGAAAUUCAUUAUUACAAAUAAUGUAUAAAUGAUUAUAAAACCUGCAGUGCCAUGAAUAAACACAGAUACCACGAUGGAA